GUGGUGUAUGAUCUGUAGGACCCAUGAACCGUAAAACCAACCUCUUUCGUUUUGCACCGUGGGAUUGUGGGUAAUGUGGCUGAACUCUAUCACGUUUUGGAUCCAGCAUGGCAGGCAAACAGAAGAGGAAAUUGGAAGACCUAAGUGUGGAUGAGUUCCUGCUGUCAGGGUUUGACUCUGCUGGUGAAUCUGAAGAAGAUACUCCCAAACAGAAUGGACUCACUAAAAAGACGAAAGAUCAGAAAUCUGCAACCUCUAACAUUGACGAAAAGAGGGAAGGCAAGGCCUCCAUGCAUAAGCAGCAGCUGUCUAGGUUACAGAAUAAAGAUCCUGAGUUCUAUAAGUUCCUGCAAGAGAACGACCAAACACUGCUGAACUUUGAUGACACAGACAGCUCUGACGAUGAGGAGAAGUACCACACACUGCCAUCUGCACUGGAGGAGGCAGGCUCUGGUGACGAAGACGACGAUGACAAUGAUAAUGGUCAAGAAGCUUCGAAAAAAUCCAAGAAGGCUGUGGAGACAAUAAAAGUAACCGACAAAAUGAUUCAAGAGUGGAAAGCAGCUAUGAAGAAGGAACCUUCACCUCGUCUCUUCAGAGAAGUCACCCAGGCUUUUAAGGCCGCUGUGGCCACAACCAAGGGUGAAGGAGGCGGUCAGUGUCGAUACAAAGUGGCCGACAGCUCAGUUUUCAACGCCUUGGUCCUGUUCUGUAUCAGAGAUAUUUAUGGGGCCCUGCAGAGGAUGCUCAGCCUCAAGGCAGUAAAAGACCAGAAGAAGCUAGUGUUCCCUUCGUCUAGUCAGAAGUGGCAGAAGAAUCAGAUCGACAUCAAGAUGUAUCUCAGUGGAGUAGUUCAGCUGUUAUCAUGUCUGACAGAGACUACAGUCAUCAGUGCUGUCCUGCGGCAUGCAAACCAGCUGGUACCUUAUUACCUUUGUCUACCCAAACAGUGUCGUCACCUUAUGAAGCAACUGUUGAAACAGUGGAGCACAGGGGAGGAGACGAGUCGCGUUCUUGCUUUCUUGGCCCUCAACAAAAUCUGCAGACACAAGCAGGAAACGUAUCUCAACCCUGUUCUCAAGCAAAUGUACAUUUCCUAUGUACAAAACUGUAAGUUCACAUCCCCCAAUGUGCUACCCAUGAUCAACUUCAUGCAGCGCACCUUAACAGAGAUGUAUUCCCUGGACACACAAGUCUCUUACCAGCAUGCCUUCAUCUACAUCCGACAGCUGGCCAUCCACCUCAGGAAUGCCAUGGCCAUGAAGAAAAAGGAAACAUACCAGUCAGUGUAUAACUGGCAGUAUAUCCACUGUCUGUACCUGUGGUGUCGCGUCCUCAGCUCCCUCCAUCCCAGCGAUGUACUCCAACCUCUCAUCUAUCCACUCUGCCAGGUCAUAAUUGGCACCAUCAAACUAGUGCCCACAUCAAGAUAUCACCCUCUGAGGAUGCACUGUUGCAGAGCCCUCACCCUUCUUUCUAGCAGCACCAACACAUUUGUCCCGGUUCUGCCUUUCCUCCUGGAGAUCUUUCAACAGGUGGACUUCAACAAGAAGCCCGGGCGAAUGAGUAAGAAGCCGAUCAACUUUGCAGUUAUCCUGAAACUUAGCAAGGUCAACCUGAUGGAGAAGGCUUACAAGGACGGGCUGAUUGACCAGCUGUAUGAUCUGAUCCUGGAAUACUUUCACACUCAGGCCAGUUCCAUCGGUUUCCCAGAGCUUGCCCUGCCCACAGUCCUCCAGCUGAAAGGGUUCCUGAAGGAAUGCAAAGUGGCCAAUUACUGCAAGCCAGUGCGCCAGCUGCUGGAGAAGGUGCAGGAGAACAGCAGCUUCAUCACAGGUCGCAGACAGAAGGCUGCUUUCGGAGUGGCCGAUGCCUCUGCUGUGGCGGCCUGGGAGAAGAAGAUGCAGGAGGAGGGAACUCCCCUCAGCAGGUACUACAGCCAGUGGAAGAAGCUGAGAGAGAAGGAGAUCCAGCUGGAGAUCUCCGGCAAAGAAAGGAUGGAGGAUCUGGACCUCCCUGAGAUCAAACGGAGGAAGAUUCAGGAGAAGAAGGCCGAGGACAAAAGGGAGUUCAAGGAUUUGUUUCAGUCUGACAGCGACUCUGAUGAAGAUGAUGGAGGACUCAAAAUCGGAGGUAAAAAGGGCGGCCACAAGUAUGAUGAUGAUGAUGAUGAUGAUCUUGAAGAUAUGUUGGACAUGAGUGAUGAUGAAGGGAUGGAGGGCGGAGACUCAGAUGAUGAUGAUGCGGAGGAAGGGGAUGAGAAGGCUUCCAGAGCUCCUCAGCCACUGUCCUCCUCUGCUCUGAUAAAGCUAGCAGAGGGAGGCGAGGAUCAGGUGGAGGACCUGGAGCUCUCUGAUGACGACUGAGGUUUCAGAGUUGCAAACAGUCGGUGUUAUCUGAGACACAUCUAAAGCUCUCCACUAUUUCAACUGUCUGUACUUCCAAAUAAUAAUGACCUUUUUCUUAUUUUCUUUGCUUUUGAAUUUUGUAUUACGUUAUCUGUAUAGUAAAAAUGUUAAUUUUUUAAGGCAUUGAAAUUCUAUAUAAAAAACGAGUUAAGAGUCCA